AUGCCCUCGCCACACAUCCUUCCCUUCCUUCUCCUCCUCCUUCUCCCCGCCAUCGUGGCCGCUGCCGCCGGCCGUUGGUCCUUCCUCCAAUCGAGCAUCGGCAUCUCGGCCAUGCACAUGCAACUCCUCCACAACGACCGCGUCGUCAUCUUCGACCGCACCGACUUCGGCCUCUCCAACAUCUCCCUCGGCGGCGGCCGCUGCCGCCACGACCCCCACGAGAAAGUCGCUCCCGUCGACUGCACCGCCCACUCGGUAGAGUACGACCCUUCCUCGCCCACCGCCACCGACCCCUCCGCCUCCGCCGUCCGCCCCCUCAUGGUCCUCACCGAUGUCUGGUGCUCGUCCGGUGCCGUCUCCCCCGACGGCACCCUCGCCCAGGCCGGCGGAUUCAACGACGGCGACCGCGUCGUCCGCCUCUUCCGCCCGUGCUCCGACACCUCAUGCGACUGGCGGGAGGUCGGCUCCGCCCUCUCCCACCGUCGUUGGUACGCCACCUCCCACAUCCUCCCUGACGGCCGCCAGAUCAUCGUCGGCGGCCGCCGCCAGUUCAACUACGAGUUCUACCCCAAAUCCCCCUCCGUCACCGCCUCCUCCUCCUACAACCUCCCAUUCCUCGUCGAGACCAACGACCCCUCUGCAGAAAACAAUCUCUACCCCUUCGUCCUACUCAACACCGACGGCAACCUCUUCAUAUUUGCCAACAACCGAGCCAUACUCUUCGACUACACGAACGAUAAACUCGUCCGAACCUACCCCACCAUCCCGGGUGGCGACCCGCGCAACUACCCGAGCUCCGGCUCCGCCGUCCUCCUCCCGCUCUCCACCCAACCCGAGGUGCUCCUCUGCGGAGGAGCACCGAGGGGCUCCUUCGAACGUGUCCGUAGGGGAAAGUUCGAUCCCGCACUCGACACAUGCGGGAGGAUCCGACUCAACGACCCGAACCCGCAAUGGGCCAUGGAGCGGAUGCCGAUGGGUCGCGUCAUGAGCGAUAUGGUGCUCCUGCCCGACGGGAAUGUGUUGAUCGUGAAUGGAGCAGGAUCGGGCACGGCGGGUUGGGAGAACGGGCGGGACCCGGUGCUCUCGCCUCUCAUUUAUUAUCCCGACAGACGGGUCGGGUCGAGGUUCGAGGUGCAGAACCCGACCACGAUACCGAGAAUGUACCACUCGUCCGCGAUUCUGCUCACGGACGGGCGGGUGCUCGUGGGCGGGAGCAACCCGCAUAUUUAUUACAAUUUCACGGGGGUUCUGUACCCGACGGAUUUGAGCUUGGAGUCGUUUUCGCCUUCGUAUUUGGAUCCGGGCAACGGAUACUUGCGGCCGAGGAUUAUAUCACCCGCGUCCCAGUCCAGGAUAGGUUACGAGCAGUUGGUUCCGGUCCGGUUCACGAUCCCACCGGGUCGGUUGGAUUGGGAUUCGGUUAGGGUCACGAUGAUUGCACCGGCGUUUGCGACCCACUCGUUUUCGAUGAACCAGAGGCUAUUGGUGCUGACACGGUUGGAUAUGAAGGCGGUGGCGAAGUCUACAUAUCAGGUCCGGGUUGCCGCGCCCGGGUCGGGCAACAUUGCACCGUCGGGUUAUUAUAUGGUGUUUGUGGUCCACAAGAAUAUUCCAAGUGCGUGGCCCGAGUCGAAGAGCUUCAAUGAUGACGGGAUGGAACUAAUACCACAUACGUGGAAAGGAAUUUGUCAGUCUGGUGAUGCGUUCAAGUCAUCAAACUGUAAUAGGAAGAUAAUCGGCACACGGUACUACUACAAGGGCGCCGAAGUCGAGGCUGGUCCGGUGAACCGAACAAUAGACUUCCUUUCUCCCCGUGACUCACACGGGCACGGGACCCACAUAGCAUCCACGACUGCCGGGCGACGGGUCAACAACGUCUCGUCAAGCACCGGCUUUUGCCCAGGCAACUCCACCGGUGGCGCCCCGCUAGCACGCCUCGCCAUUUACAAGGUGGACUGGUGGUCCAUAUGGACCGUAUCGGAAGCUGACAUUCUGGCCGCCUUCGACGACGCCAUAGCCAAUGGAGUCCACAUCAUUAGCGUCUCAAUUAACAGCUAUGAUCCAAACCCUUACGCCUCGAGCAACAUAACGGUCGGGGCAUUCCACGCGGCCCGAUAUGGCAUUGUCGUGGCCUGCAGUGCGGGGAAUGAUAGCCCUGUGCAUAACGAGGCCCCAUGGAUGGUCACGGUCGGCGCCACCAGCGUGGACAGGAUGUUCUACGCGCCAGUUUCGCUCGGGAACAACCUUACAAUCCCGGGUCAGACAAUAACUCCGCAUAAGUUGAAAAGAAAACAUUACUAUACAUUAGUUUCUGCAGAUCAAGUGAUCAACUCUGGCGUAGCCAAAAACUUAACGAGGGAAUGCCCAAAAGGCUCUCUAUCUCCCAAGAAGGCCAAGGGAAAAAUCAUACUGUGUUUUGCAGAAAGCGAUGGAAUUAAUUGGAUGAAAGGGGAGGAGGUAUUAAAAGCCAGCGGUUAUGGUCUCAUCCUCACAAGUAAGAAAGCCGAAGGAAACACCUUAACUAUAACUGCCGAUGAACAUCUCCUUCCAGCCACAACCGUAAGCUACACCGAUGGCCUCACAAUCUUGGAAUACAUUCAAAUUGCAAAAAGUCCACAGGCAUAUAUCGUGCCAGCUAAGACGAUUUUAGGCGUCAAACCAGCACCUAUAACGUGUCCUUUUACCGGCAAAGGCCCCAGCACAAUAUCUCCAGACGUUCUCAAGCCAGAUAUCAGUACGGCUCCGGUUCUCCGUAUAUUAGCAGCUUAUAAAGAAGGAUCUCCGUUGGUUCCUGACCCUGUUGAUAUCCUAGAUAAAUAUUGGAUGAUGUCGGGCACGUCAAUGGCGUGCCCACACGUGGCCGGUGCCUUGGCUCUUCUCAAGGCUGUGCAUCCUCAUUGGAGCCCCUCUGCCCUACAAUCUGCUCUCAUGACAUCUGCGACACUCAUAAACAACGAGGGUAACCCCAUCACUGAUCACACCGGUGUCCCAGCCACCCCGUUUGUGCUCGGGUCGGGUUAUUUCAACCCGACAAAGGCAGUCGACCCGGGACUCGUCUACGACGCUUCAUACACGGACUAUCUCAUCUUCCUCUGCAGCAUUGGAGUUAAUAAUCUCACCGGUUCCUUUAAAUGUCCGAAAAACCCAUCAUCUCCAGGCAAUCUUAACUACCCGUCCAUCGCGAUACCGAAACCUUAG